CUUUCAUUCUGUGACCUCCAGACGUGUGACAUGGCCACGGAUGUAGCUGAGCCUGUGGUCCCUGACUGCAGAGGAGACGUAAGGAGCGGUGCCAGGUCAGAUGCUGACUAUCCUCUUCGGGUUCUCUACUGCGGAGUCUGUUCAUUGCCAACAGAGUACUGCGAGUACAUGCCUGAUGUGACUAAAUGCAGACAGUGGUUAGAAAAGAAUUUUCCAGAUGAGUUUGCAAAACUUACAGUAGAAAAUUCACCGAAACAGGAAGCUGGGGUUGGAGAAGGCCAAGGAACUGCGGGAGAAGAAGAAGAGAAGAAGAAGCAAAAGAGAGGUGGAAGAGGUCAGAUAAAACAGAAAAAGAAGACUGUACCACAGAAAGUUACAAUAGCUAAAAUUCCUAGAGCGAAGAAAAAAUACGUCACAAGAGUGUGUGGCCUUGCAACGUUUGAAAUUGAUCUUAAGGAAGCACAAAGGUUUUUUGCUCAGAAAUUUUCCUGCGGUGCCUCAGUAACAGGAGAAGAUGAAAUCAUCAUUCAGGGGGAUUUUACAGAUGACAUUAUCGAUGUAAUCCAGGAGAAGUGGCCUGAGGUGGAUGAUGAUAGCAUUGAAGAUCUUGGAGAAGUCAAGAAGUGAUAGUGAAAGACUACCUUUAUUUAAUUAUAUGGUUAUAAAUGAUGUAGUCAAAGUGAGGCUUUUAAAGGCUUCAUUUGCUCUGCAGUGAAACUCUGGAGAACCCAUAUCCUUGGCAUUUUCACUGUUCUGUAUAGGCUGCUUGGUUUGGUUUUUUUUUGUUGUGAUAUUUGCCAAAGUUAAAUUGAGGUUCUAUCAUGCUUAGGCAUGAGGUAGAUUUAAAUAAAAUUACUGUUCCUCACUGAA